CUUUUUUCUCCCCGUGAUCAGCUGUUGUGAAGAGGACGAUGACGUGUUUCCGGUCUCACACCCGACAUUACAACAACAGGGCAGACGAGCCGAGCUGGGACGAAGAGACGACGCUAACGCAAGAGUGAACAGAAAUACUUCCCAUCGAAAUAGUUGGAGUCCACCAACCUCCCAGACAAAUGAGGCUGAUGUUGUAGAGGGGGAACCACAUCCCCACCCACAGCAGGGACUGUUUUAGUUGUGUUGCUGAGGCCAGAAUGGAGAGGAUUUAGGGGAACUUUCUCCUCAGGUGAGUCCUGAGUUAAACUAAGCUCUCCUGAGCUCAGAUUCUUCAGAGCCCACCCUGCUAAUAAUAUGAGCCAUGGACUCUGGGGUACUUGAUAGUCCUGUAACCCUAGUCAUUAAAGCCCCCAACCAGAAGUAUGAAGACCAGACUAUUAACUGCUUCCUCAACUGGACUGUGGAGAGGCUGAAGAGUCACAUCUCCAACGUGUACCCCAGCAAGCCGCUGUCCAAAGACCAGCGGCUGGUGUACUCAGGAAGGCUCCUUCAGGACCACCUACAGCUCAGAGAUGUGCUUAGAAAGCAAGAUGAAUACCACAUGAUGCAUCUAGUGUGUACCUCUCACAGCCCCCCAGCCUCGCCCAUGCCUCGGAGCCCUUCCAUGGCCAGCUCCUCUGCUUCUGACUCCAGCAGUUCAGAGAGUGCAGGCUCCACCGCCCCUGCCACCACACAAAAUCAGGACAGUCAGCCAGCCUCUUCCUCCACUUCUGUCCCGGGAAGUUAUGAUGGCCUGAGGUAUCGUGGCGGCUUCCCCCAGUACAACCCUCAGAGCCUCUCUGGUGUCCCUCAGUGGCCAGAUGGAGCCCAGGUCCCUUUACAAGGAGGCCUCCCUGCCAACAUGCCCCCCCACCCCAUGUACAUGCCCAUGCAGAUGCUGUGGUGGCAGCAGAUGUAUGCACGCCACUACUACAUGCAAUAUCAAGCAGCAGUAGCCGCCUCUCAGCCUCCCACUGCCUCCCCUCCUUCCUCUCCCUCCGCCUCACCCCAUCAACCUGCCCAGCCCAACGAAGCCGUGCAGCCCCCGCUGGGGCCCAACCCGGACCCCAACCCUUUACCAGAGAACCAGCCUGCCAAUCCCAACAUCCAGAUGAACGCACAGGGUGGGGCAGUAUUAAACGAUGACGAGCUGAACCGCGACUGGUUGGACUGGUUGUACACAGUGUCCCGCGCCGGCGUCCUGCUCAGCAUUGUUUACUUCUACUCCUCUUUUAGCCGCUUCGUCAUGGUGAUCGGCGCCAUGCUGCUUGUCUACCUGCAUCAGGCUGGUUGGUUCCCCUUCAGAGCAGAGCAGCAGAACCUUAGAGGAGAAGACAGGGCCAGGGCUCCUCAGGAGGAAGCGGAGAGACACCAAGACAUACAGGAAAUGGAACGUCUAAUGGAUGAGGGGGUGGAGGAUGAUGACAGCGGUGAGGAAGGAGGUGGAGGACCACCUGAGGACCAGGCACAGGCUGCUGCUCUACCUGAGUCAAGCUUCCUUACCACCGUGUGGUCCUUCAUCAGCACCUUCUUCACCUCGCUCAUCCCAGAGGGACGGCCCCACCCGGCUAACUAGGCAGCUCCUACCCAUGUGCCCUACCUCUCAAAUACCCCUCUUCCUCCUGCCAGCAAGUACCACUCUACAGAGGUAUCACGAUUUCCACCUCCAUCCUUACUGUCCUAAAUACCCCUUUCAUCCCAAAACCAUUUUCCUGAAACCCCCACAAAUCCCAGACCGCCCCGUACAACCCCAGCCAGUCGGCUACAAAUCGACAUGCUGCCAACAAACGGACCGAUACUUAAAACAGGCUCAUCUGAAGUUUAAGAGCAGAUACAAUGUGAGUUCUGCAGGAGGGUAUGAGACUAAAUGAACACUUAGAAAGUAAAUAUUACGCUGUGUAAAUGGACUAAAUGCUUCAGCAGUGAAAGUUGUGUUUUUUUCUUUCAUCGAUCGUGAAGAGACAUGGAGAUGGUGAGAGACCCUGGAGGGAGCUGUCUUCCAUUUUCAGCAGUGAUAAGGUCAUGCUUUUAAAACCUUUCAAUGAGGGAUGUGACUCAGCCCACAAAAAAAGAAAAUCAGGAACCUCCCUAAAAUGAAAAGGGAGAUGUGUCGUUAAACCAUGAAAAACCACAUCCCUGAAGACAUUUUCAUGUAUGCACAUGACUUGCAUAUUGACAUUGCAGCUACUGAAGCACAUUGUUUUCCCACUUUGUGUAUUUGCACAUCUAUAAUUCCUGAAUAUAUGCUUUUUUUUGAAUAAAAAUCUUGCUGCGAUUUGA